AUGUAUGGAUCUGGUGAUGACAUGACUUUUGUAAAUGUCAUUACUCCUAUUAGAGCUGUCAAAAUUUCUGAAGCAUUGGGGGCUCAUUUACGUCGGCUAGUGCGUGAUGCAGAGUCGAGACUGCACGAGGUAGUUGGCUGUGCACCUGAAAGAUCUUGCCGGGACGAUGCAUGUACCAGGUCAUCAGCUGGCGGUCCAGCAGCUGCUACUACAGGCUGCGCAGGCGGCGCUGGUUCGGAGAAAGAUAAACAAGCACAACACUGGGAAAGAAGAAUUCGAACACUCAAACGUCUACUCGUCGGAUGGCAACAAUCGCGGGCUCCCUCCGCCCCUCCUCCGCCGGACUUAGAAGUGUGUGGUGCUCACGCAGUCACUGUCCGUCUGAAGGACCCUAAAGCAACAUCCUCUUCGCAACGAGACCCACCAAUAGUAACCAAAUUUAAAGUGGAAUGGUCUUCAAGAGCUGACUUCUCGAACGUGUGCGGCAGUAGAGAGGUCGCAGUCGUAAUAUCAAGUAGUGGAACGAGAGUACUUGCGGCCGGUCUCACCAGAGGUAGAAGAUACUUCUUCAGGGCGGCCGCUGGAAAUAUCAAGGGAUGGGGGCCGUUCACCGUUUCUGUGCCAAGGAGUGUUGUACCUAGCAGUUGGCGUGACGUGUCAUCGCGCGCUACGCGUGGUGACUCUGGUGGGGCGGCGGCCGCGCUCGAAGCGCUAGCUAGCGCCGCAGCGGGUGCUAGACAGAGAGCUGUGGCACCACCGCCGCGGCUGCCGCGCAAGAAGACUGCUACCAUACGGCAGCUAUUCACCGCCGCUAGCAAGUUCCAGAAGAACUUACGAAGGGGCGUAUAUCUAGCAUGCAUCUUAUACCACGAAGACAAAGUGCUGGUCACCAGUGAAGAGUUCCUGCCCGUCAUAGAAGUGGACGAGACCUAUCCCACCUGCAUCUACACCGAUUUCCAUUGGCUUAUGAAGCCGGUUCUUCUCAGUACAAGGUAUCCCCUCGUAGAUUUGCGAACCGAUGGCAUAGCCUUCGACAUUCACAAGUGCUUUCCUGCGGACAUAGAUGAGAUCUACUUACCUGGGGACUAUCAUUCUUGUGUUAAGGUGUCGUGUUCAUGGGAUGAUGUGAAGGCUCUUCGAUCGGACAUGGAGAAGCACACUUCCUCCUCAAUACACUUCCGCUUGAAACUAUUAACGGCGGCUGCGCAGAUGCAGUCAGCGUUGGGUAUUCAGGAUUUAGGUCAAUUAUAUCACAAACCGCUGAGGGACUCGCACGGCACAGUGGUGUUGUCGUGUGUGAACAGCGUCAAGUCCGUGAAAACCGUGUCGGCGCUGAACUCGAGGUGGGCGCCGGUGUCGAGGCUGCGGCGGCGGGUACUCAGCGAGGACAAUACCAUUGGGGAGUUGCUGAUGGCGUCCGUUCACGAACAAAUUGCCUACCAUCAGGUUUCGCGCGUUCAACUCGGUCGCGGGCUGUACCUGGGCUACUUGAAGCUGCAGUCCUCGGUGGAGGUGGUGAGGAUCGUGGCACCAGCGCGCGCGCCCAACGUGCCGCCGCACACGCGCGUGCGCGACAACCCACACGUCUCCGCUGAAGAAUGGGAUUAUCUUAGAACACAAUCAGGGAAAACUUCAUCUGAAGAAGUGCAAGCUAUGAAUAGCCUCGUACCCAUCGGCAGUCAGGAGAAACCUUCAGAAUCUCAAGAAAUGUUCCUGGAUCAAAUCGCGAACGCAGCUCGACGACUGUUCAUAGAAAUGGAUAUACCAUUAGAGAGCGUCAUCGCCCACCGAAUAUAUGAUCUAGAAGUCAUAGAACUUAAUAAUGACGUAAGCUUUAUAAUGAUCUGUCCACCAGCUGAGCAAGCUUGCUCUGUACCAGGCCAAAAAGAAAUACUUCUGCAGAAAGGUGACUUGCUCAGUCUACCAAUACAGGCUUUCGAAAUGAUUCAUCUGCAGACUUACCAUAGUAGUAUACUGAAUAAAUACUCCAAACUUAGUUGUGUAUUAGAAUUAGAUGUAGCAUUAGCCGCUCAUUCUCAUAGAGAGGCAUUCUCUUGUACUGAACUACAAACCGCCAAAGAACGACUGACGAAACUAGAAGACCUUCAAAAUAAUUUAAAUGCAGUUUGGAAAGCGGAAAGAUGGCUAAUGGAUCUUAUCGGGUUCGCUAGAGACAAAGACAAGGCUUCUCCUAACUCCGGUAUACUUUUAAAACAUGUUCUAGAUAAAACUCCUCAAAUUUGUACAGACGGACCUGAGUUAGAAACUAGUGACAAAGACUCUAAUUUGAAAGUGGAUCUCCUUCAAAUACCAUCGAGGGAUGGUAAAAUGACGAAAACGUCUCCAGGCCGAGGAUCUUGGCCUGGUCCCGCCGGUAACGGAAACCAUGGCAAUUUACAUCCGGAAUUCAGCAAAUCUGAACAACAACUUAGCAUAGCUCCGCGUCAAGCCUCUGUAUCAACAUUGAAUCUAUCUAGUUCGCAAUACCUUAGUGCUGAAAAUAAAUACAUAAGAAAAGGUAGUGGAGAUUCACAAUUCACUCAAUCUAGUGCAAUGAGCAAUAACUACACGAGUAGCAAUUCUCAGUUUGACAUCAAAUCACCCAGCUCUUACACUAGUGCGGGAAGUAAUAAUCGUCUUCCACCUUCUCGGAGCGAAGACACUUUGGUCCUACAAAAUGAAAACCUUGAACAGAAACCUCGACCGCAUAGCAUCACUGCAACGAGCAUGUCAAACACUUCGAGCCCUCUACUGACAGUGAAAGGAUUUUAUCCCGGAAGCAUGAUCAGCGUGAGGACGUCGAAAGGGAAUAUAUCGGAGUCCGCCCAGAGUCUGUCGAGUGAUUCAGAAAGUCAGAGUUGUCCAAUAACCUCAACAUCAGUUCCUUUGAAAAUCCGUCCGCUAGGAAAACACUUUAGGACGUCCAAUAACGUUAUUACCUCCAAAAGUAUGACAAACGUUAAGUCCUCAGAAGUGGACUAUACAGACACGGGACAGGAAUUGUUUGCCAAGCCGAGCACAUGCGUUAAGCGUCUUCCACUCUUAGAGACACAAGAAGACACAGAGUAUAAUAAUAAGAUUCCAAAGACUGAUGAAGGAAGUGAGAAUGAAGAACGUCAAGAACAAGCUCAAGAACAACGCCCGCCUGACCAGCCGGGAAUAUUGCAGGUCUUCGCAGCAUACGAAACUGGUCUAGCUGCCGGAACUUCACUCAAGCUCCACGUGACUCCGCGCACGUCUGCACGCGAGGUUAUCGACCUUGUCGUUAAACAACUCAACAUGGCCGCGGUCCUCAAAGGCAAAGAGGGCCCUGUUUAUGGACCAGAGAAAUUGCAAGAUUUCUGUCUUGUGGCCGUCAUUGGAGCUAGGGAAAGGUGUCUCAGGGACGAUUUUAGACCGCUGCAGCUGCAAAAUCCAUGGAGAAAGGGAAGGUUGUACGUGAGGCUGAAACACGACGUCCUAGCUGCUUUGCAAUACUCCGCAAAGCAACCGUCGUAUAUAUAGGAAUGUUGGUAAUUGUGAUUACCUAUCUCAAUUUAAUAGUCCGUUCAGAAUUACUAUAUUUUGUAUCAAAAAUUAUUUUAUUAGCAAAUCCUAAUAUAUUAUCUAAUUAUCGUGUGAGUGUAUGAUAGAUUAAAACAAAAUACGUCCACAAGAAAAUAUUUAAAAAAAAUAUAGCUUCUUUAAACGGACUUUUACUUGAAUAGGUGUCUAAUAAAUGUAAUUAUAAAGUAACAUCCGCAAUUGUUGAAAUUAUUAUUUAGUAUAAAUAAUUAAAUGUUAAAAAUAAGUAUCAUGGAGUAGUUUUUAGUAAUUAACUCUGGAAUAUUUUAUAAACUAAUAACAUUUUUAUUUUUUUUUAAAUAAAUUAAUUACUUGCGUUAGCUGCCUAUAGGAUACGAUUUACUUUUGGUGCCAAUUCUUAUUAUGUUGAUGCUUUAAAUAAUUAAGAUAAUGUUGUGAGUAUUAUAGAGAAAUAUUCGAACAGAAUUUAUGGUGCUUUUCACUGUAAUUAAUGUUUACCGCUUAUUAAAUCUUGAUAUUUCAUUGACGUUUAAAAACCAACUACGGUUUUAAUUAUCAAAAGUAUAACCAAGGGAUAUUUUUUAAUGAUGGAUGGAUAAGGAUUUGUCUUUAACAUUGACUUUACUACACGUAUGGAAAAUGAUGUUAACCACUAUUUGUAAUAAUAAUCCUGCCUGCUAAUUAUCUACUUAUUAGGCUUAAAAUUUAAAUUUAAAAAUAAAACCAAACCUUGUACAUUUUAAUUAAAUUACCCAUAUUAAUCUCUAUAUAUCAUAUUUAUUACCUACGUGUCGAUUUCAAGAAAGAAAUAAGAUAUAUAUCAUAGCUUUUAUUUCUUUAAUCUUUAUAGGUAAUUAAACGUUAAUGAAAUUGCCACAUAACGUGUUGUUAAUAGUUAUUUAAAAUAAAAUGAAUCAGAAACAGUAUGAAAACUAAAACUAUUUUGUUAAUGUGUUCGCAAUAAUGCUAACUUAAUUUUAACACGAAAUUCACUCUUCAUUUAGUUUGAUUUAUAAUGUUAUUAUAAAACGUAGGUUUAGUCAAACAAAAUUGAAAUUUCCAAUAUUUAUAAGUUUAUUAUUUCAAUUUCUUCACAUGACAUGUAACAAUAGAUACAAUUAUUGAGUAUAUACUAAAUAUGCUUAAUACAAAGAAGAAUAAUUAGUAAAAAAGAUAUAUCACAGCUUAACCUUAGCCUUAGUAUUGAAAUAAAAUCAUAUUCGUGUGUAAUAUCUACCGGUUGAAAACAUAACUCCUUGAUAUAAACUCGGGUAAGUUUGCUAACAUAAAGACCUUUUUUUUGUUAUAAAACAUCCAAGUAUCUAGCGAUUACGAUAACUUAGAUAAACACGGUAGAUAUCCAUGUUUAUUUUCAACCCAAUUACAUAAUUGUCGUUUGUGUCAAUCUCUGAGGUAAACAGGGUUACUUACUAGUUUCAGAUAUUAUAUUUGUAUUUUAUCUUAUCCUAUUAUCGUAAACCAGAUAUUUUUUUUACCAUUUCAACAUAAGCCAUAAUAAAACCUUUUUAUGAUACUUUUGUGGAAACUGAAAAUACAGUAAUAAAUUAUUUUCAUUCUUAAAAGCUAUAGAAUUAUCUAAUCCUAAUGCAGUAUUAAUAAUUAUUAUUAAAUAAUACCUUCAAAGAGAUAUAUGUUUUGUACUUUAGUAUAUUGAAUUAAGGGAUAACUUGUAUACAUCUUUUUAGGUACGAUUGUAUAUUUAAAUAUGUAUUUUAUAAUUUCAAGCUGAUGCAUGCAUAUCAAUGAAAAAACUUACCAAAGCUACGUUUUGUAGGAGACGAAUUCUCGUAUAUUUUUAUAAAUAGCUUGUAUCAAUGUUCCCUUUAUCUCCAAUAAUUAACAUACCCACUUAGAUCUCUAAAAGUAUUCUAUUAGAUUUUCUUGAUUUAAAUUAUUACAUUUUACUCUCUUCUUCAAUAGAUGAAUGAGUGAGAAUGACUCAAAGUAUAGAUAGAAGUACUGUUUUUAGAAUACUCAAAUAUUAUAUUAUUAUGAUUAUAUUACACGGUUGUACAUUUUUAGAUAGUUGCAAUGUACAAAAAAGUGUAAUUAGAAAUAGUAUGAAGUAUUAAAAUAAUUGAAGAUUCGAGCCAUAAAUGAUGCAGAAUGCAAUUGUAAUAAAGCCUAACUGAAUGUCUUAUGAUAAAUAUAAAAUAAAGUUUAUUUUAGAAUAACUUAUGUAUCAUUCACCUUAUCCGGUGUUGUAAAAUUAGGAUUUAGAAAGAGUGGGAGUAUGAAGUGAUGCACAAAAUAAAUGUAUUACAAAUCUUUGUAUUUCUUUAUUAUAAUUAUAGUAAGACCCUUAUUCGCUAGGUGCACGAUGGUAGCGCCAACUAGCGGUUACAAUUAUGUCGGACAUUGAAAU